AAUCAUCGGCUGAUUCAAAAAUCAAAACCCCAAACGUCGUCCUACUAUAGGCGGGAAGAUGAGAGACGCCGGCCGCCGCCGUGGAAAGGAAUCCCUAGCCCCAGACCGCCGACCACCACCACCCACUCCCACCAACACCGCCGAUCCAUGGCAGUACCUAUCCACCCCAGUCCCCGGCCGCGAAUCGGACGCCAGCUUCUGCAGCAGCCGCCCCUCCACCGCCUCCGUCGGCCGCGCUUCCACCGCCCUCCCCAACAUCACCGACCGUUCCUACCAAGUAUCCGCCCUCCGCACAAUCAAUUCCUACCUCGCCUCUGAAUCCGCUCCCUUUUCGCUCAAGCACCCUCUGCCUUCCGCUAAAGACAUCACCGAAACCAUAAAGCUUCUACUCCACCGCCUUGGAUUCACUUCGCAGAAAAUAGAUGAAGAUCUCAGCCACGCGCUGAAAUUCCUAAAAUGCCCCUUGAAAUUGAACAAAUCGGCCCUCCGCGCCCCGGGCACGCCGCAUUCCUGGCCUAAUCUGCUCGCCGUUAUCCACUGGCUUGUUCAGAUAAUUAAAUAUAAAGACUUCAUGAUGAAAACUUCCCCUGGUUUUGAAGGUGACAGAGUGUUUAUGUACACGGUGAACAGUUAUUUGCUGUACAUUAGGGGAGACGACGAGGCCAUGGAUGAUUUGGACGAAGGGUGUAUUAGUGAGAUGAGGGAAUGGAGGGAUAAAGUGGAGGAGAGCGUGACGUCUAUGGAGGAAAACGCGAAAGAACUCGAGGUAAAAUUGGAGGGUUUAAAGUCGGGCCCGAGUCAAAAGGAGGCUUUGGAGCAGGAGAAGGCGGUGUUGGAAAAAGACGUUACGAAGUUCCAUAUGAUGAUUGAGCAGUUGGAUGGUCAUAUGGUGGAGGUGCAGAAGAAAUUGGAGGAGAAGGAAAGGGCGUUGGAGGCUAAGGUGGAGGAGAGGAAGAGGAUUUGUGAGGAAAACGAGGAGCUCAAGAAGAAGAUUGAGGAACAAGGGAUUAAUUGGAGAGAUGCCGAGAGAAUGAAACGGGAAUUGCAGGCUGUGGAGAGGGAUAUCGAGGAUACAGAGGCUGCAAGAAAUGGCUGGGAGGAGAAGAUAUGGGAGCUUGAUUCCGAGAUCGGCCAUAAGUUUAAGGAGCUCGAGCGGUUUGUGAUGGAGUGCAACCAAGCUAUCAGAAGGUUGAAGCUUGGAAAUGGAUUUCAAUAUCAAUUGAAUGCCAAUGGGUCCACACCAUCUGAGGUUUUGGGAUUAGAUUAUAAGUCAGUACUAAAGCCUGCACUUGCCUCAUUUUCCGAGGACAUAAAAAGAAACUCAGUGGGGAAAUUUGACGAGUUGAUCUUUCUUCGGCAACAGUCCGGUGAUAAUGCUGCUAUGCUCGAGGAGAAACGGAAUCGUAUUGCUGUCCUCCAAUCACAUAUUGAUGAGGUUGAAGCCGAGUUGAAUGCAAUCAGAAAAGACGCGAACGAAUAUGCAUCUAGAUGUGUAGCAGAAGCUAGAAAACUGGCCGAACAAGUCGAAACGGAUGCUCAAAAAAUGUCUACUGUCAAAAAAGAAGCCGAAGAAUUUUUGAAGACAUCCAAGGCAGAAUUGCAGGAAACUAUCAUGCGAAUGGAUAAAGAAGUCAAACAGUGCGCUAAGGAACUCUUUGAUUUGAUUAAUUCGGUUUCGACUUAUAAAGAGUACGUGGGAUCAAAAAUUGUACGUAUGAGGAGCGAUCUUCGAGAAACUACUGGUGCUGUAGCAGACAUGUUCAAAGGAUAUCGUCCAUUACAGGGAAGCUCGUGAACAAAUUUCCUCAACAAAGAAUGUCGGUAAAUUCGCGUAAUUUAAUUCGCCAGUUUAAAUUUUCUUAAGUGCUGCCUUUUUUUUUUUCUUUUGUUCUUUUUUGGAUGUGUAAGAUUUGUAUGCUUGUUGUUAUACUUGGUUUUUUGGUUAAUGUAGAGUUAUGUUGAUAAAGUGUGACAUUUUCAUUUUCAAUUCUAUAUUUUUAUGUGGUUUGACAAAUU